GCGACAAUUUAACAACUGGCACAGUCUACCCUUCGACACAAGUCAAAGAUCCCACACAACAGCUCUACAAAAUGUUCAAAUUGUUCGUUCUCGCUGCUCUGCUCGCCGUGGCUGCCGCUCGUCCCGGCCAUUUGGCUGCCGCACCGCUCGUCUACAGCGCACCCACAGCCUAUGUACAGGAGCCUGCUCUGGCCAAGAUUGGCGCCGUCGUGAAGAGUGUGCCCACCGCUGUCUCACACCAGAGUGUCACUCAGGUGCACAGCACACCCGUCGUUGAGGAUGUGGUUGCGCCCGUUGUGAAGACCACGGUGCAUGCCGCGCCCGUAACCACCUAUGCGGCAGCUGCGCCCGCCGUUGCCACCUACUCGGCGGUUGCUCCGGUGGCCACCUACUCGGCCCUUCCGACCACAUAUGCCGCCCAUGUGCCCUAUGUGAAGAGCGUGUCGCCACUGGCCUAUUCCGCACCGCUGGCCUACUCUGCACCACUGCUGCACCACGCACCACUGACAUACGCAGCCAGCGCCUGGUAAGAGCGAGAACGAAAGAGUUUGAUAUGAAACUACGAUGUUGAUUUGUGUCCCACCACGAAAAUAAAAUCCAGAAACCAAUCGAA